AUGCCCAAGAAACCGUCAAAACGCCUUCUCGUCUUCUGCGAUGGCACCUGGGUCGGCCGCGAGACGAACGUUGCCGGCGCCCCUCGCAGCAACAUUCGAAUGCUGGCAGACAUGGUCGGCGACGUCGCGUUUGGUGCUGACGAACCUGCCGUCGUGCACAAGAUCGACCCCUAUUCUCCAAACGUUGUCGCGGGCUACCAGGAAGGAAUUGGCCUCGGUGCGACGUUCCUCGAAUACAUGUGGAACGGUGCAACUGCCUCUGCUAUUGGCGACGAAUGCAUCGCCGUCUACCGCUUCAUCGUCGAACACUACACCGACGACCAUGAGAUCUGGCUGUUUGGUUUCAGCCGGGGCGCCUUCACCGUACGCUGCGUCGCGGGCAUGAUCAACAACUGCGGCAUCAUCCGCCGUCAGAAAGGCACCCUCACCUCCGAGCAGGUCGAUCGCCUGUGCUACGGGGUCUUCCGCACCUACCGCUCCAGCCUGCCCAUUGACGCCCCGCAAAGCGAGCAUAGCAGAAGGCGUCGAGCCAACGCGGACAGAGUCUGGCAAGUCAAGCAACCCAUCCGCUGCAUGAGCGUCAUCGACACUGUCGGCGCUCUUGGCAUCCCGCGCCUCAAUGCUGGUGUCGGGUUUGACUGGGCCCCGUUCGAGUUCUUCGACCAGCACGUCUCGACCGUCGUGCAGCACGUCCGCCAUGCUCCUGCCCUGCACGACCGACUGUGGGCCUUUCAGCCGUGCCUCGCGUUCCCGAGCGAAAAGUCUCCCACCAUCGUCGAGCAGGUCUGGUUUCCGGGCGUGCAUUACGAUCUCGGACGCCAGACUUUCCGCUUUGUGAGGCAGCACCCGGUCAACUACGUCGAAGCAGCGCUGGGGUGGCUGCCAGAUCUCCUCAGCCGGACAGUCCUGCCGAACGAGGUGCUUGCAGACAACGUGCUGAAGUGGAUCCUGGAAGGCGUUCGAGAUGCGAACGACGAUACUCUGAUCAUCCCAGACCUGGACGACGAGAUUGCCCGAGUCAGCGCGCGGAUCGCGAAGCCGGCGAAGAACAGCACGGGCAGCGGCGAUGUGUAUGGCGAUGUCUUGGAGUAUGCGCCUGCGGGUCGAAUCCUCGGUUUCGUGCACAAGCUUUCCUCCACCGCCACUUCGCUGCUCAACAGGAUCUUUCCAAAGCUCGGCGACAACAUCCAGGACCUUCUUGGGAUCCGCACAAUCCUUGGCAUCCUGACAGCCACGGUAGACCGCAGAAUCCCCGGCACUGCCGCAGACGUCGACAGAUACAGGGAUGAGGUCAUAGGCGAGACGGGUGCAGUGUUUAGCGUCAAGGACAACGCGCAGAUGGACGAGCUGAAUGAACAGAGAAAAGUGCGGUAUCCGAGUCGCACGUUUGAGACACACCAGCUGUGGAAGGAGGUUUUUGAUGAUUGA